AUCUUUCCUAUAAAAACACCAUUUCCUUCUCUCUGUUUCUCACUACUAAUCCCUCUUCUCUCUUUGUCUAUCAUUUUCUUCAUAUGUAAUAGAGUUAGCUUGCCAUACUUUUGUAUUUACUAUUUACCUACCCGGCCGGGUUCUCACAGUACGCUCUCUGAUACAUUAAUUCAUGAGUCCUUCAAUGGCAAUCGCAAAGGCUAACAGUGAUGAUGUCACAGAAAUCCAAUACCAGAAGGGAGUGAAGAGGCUGUGUGAGACAGGCAUUAGUAGAGUUCCUGACAAGUAUAUAUUGCCUGUUCAAGAAAGACCCAAUGCUACUCGAGCUGAACCUAGUGAAUUCAGCCAAAAUCUUAAGUUACCCAUAAUUGAUUUUGCUGAAUUGCAAGGCUCGAAUAGGCCCCAAGUCCUCAAAUCCAUUGCUAAUGCUUGUGAGCAGUAUGGCUUUUUUCAGUUGGUGAAUCACGGCAUUCCUAACGAUGUUAUUAGUGGAAUGAUCGAUGCGGCUAAGAGGUUUUUCGAGCUUCCUUAUGAAGAAAGAUUGAAGUACAUGUCAUCAGACAUGAAUGUUUUAGUUAGGUAUGGAACUAGCUUUAACCAAAACAAGGACAAUGUGUUCUGCUGGAGAGAUUUCUUGAAGCUAAUGUGCCAUCCCUUAUCAGAUGUUCUUCCUCAUUGGCCUUCUUCUCCCACGGACUUCAGGAAAUUGGCGGCUACCUACGCAAAAGAGUCCAAAUAUUUGUUCCUAAUGGUAAUGGUAGCUAUCUUAGAGAGCUUGUUGGGAACCAACAAGAACAACAAGACAGGAGAAGAUGAAAUCAUGAAGGACUUUCAAGAUGGUAACCAACUAAUGGUGGUGAAUUUCUACCCUGAAUGCCCAGAGCCUGAACUUACAUUAGGAAUGCCUCCUCAUUCUGACUACGGAUUCCUUACACUUCUCCUCCAAGAUGAGGUUGAAGGUCUUCAGAUUCAUUAUAAGGAGAAAUGGGUCACUGUUGAACCAAUCCCAAAUGCUUUUGUUAUCAAUGUUGGUGAUCAUCUUGAGAUAUUUAGCAAUGGGAAGUAUAAAAGUGUGCUGCAUAGAGUAAAAGUGAACUCAGCUAAGUCUCGCAUAUCUGUGGCAUCUUUGCACACUCUUCCAUUUAUGUGCAUGGUGAGGCCAUGGCCAAAACUCAUUGAUGAAGCCAAUCCAAGACGCUAUGAAGAUACAAAUUUUGCUUCUUUUCUUGAGUACAUAUCAUCUCGUGAACCCAAAAACAAGGAAUUCUUGGACUCUAGGAAGUUGAUUUCAAGAAAUUCAAACCCAUAAAAGUACCUAAUUAGACAUCAAUUAUAUAUAUAUAGCAAUUAUUCUCUUCUAAAGAUGUAAUCUUUUCCUUAACUUUUCCAAAUGUAGUGUGUUGAUUGGGUUAAUGGUAAUUGGUAAGCAUAAAAUGUAGAAGUUACCUUGCCCUCUUUCACACACCUCUUGUUUCAAUUAUAAUAUAGGGAUUGGAAGUGAGAAGCAUUCUAGUUGUAAA